CUGGUGACUGGACGUGUGCAGUGCGCGUCAGCCGGUUCCCGGAUGCACCGAACAGAAACAUGGAACGGGUAGUGGUGGAACUACCGAUCAACAACGGGUUUUCCUUCGCCGGCACCUCCACAGCUCCACGCAAGCGCCAGGUUCGUUUUUCAGCUCGUCAUGACAUCAUCCUUCUGCGAGAGGUCAUCGCCCAGAACCCCUUCGCCUCAAAGGAGCCAGGACGGAUCUGGGCCCGUGUUGGUGAGAUCAUCACUGCAGCUCUACAAGAUGAGAACUUUGAGGUGGACGCCAGGAGGUGCAGAGAGAGGACCAUGCUGCUGCUGGACUACUACAAGAAGCAAGACUUCCCCAGUCUGCGCAGAUUUGGAACAGAGAGGUUGUAUGCUCAAAAGGAAGACCUGCUCCAUGAGGUUUUGGAGCUGGAGGCGGAGAAGGGGCUUCUGGCCGGCGGGGAAAACACAAAGUACCAGAACGAUGAACUAAGAAAGCGAGCCCUCGAAGAACUAACUCUACCUGAGCAGGACAAACCCAACAUCACCAUCACACAAACACACACUUCAGAACCAGAAGAGGACCGCGAGGAGAUGGCAGAGCUCUCAGCGGCGCCCACAGCCAAGCGGCCCUGCCAGUGCUGCUGCCAGACCUACUCUGAGAUCCUCAGCUUCCUGGAGAAACGCUCAGAAGCCGAGCAGCGGCUACGAGAGGAGGAGCUUUCCCUGCGCCGGGAGGAGCUGGAGAUUCAAAGGAGUAAAAUCAGUCUGGAGAGGGAGCGUCUGGGAGCUGAGAGAAAAGAGAGAGAACGGAGAUUUGAGCUGGAGAGCCAGGAGCGGCAGGUCAUCUUGGACCUGUUAAAAGAAAAGGUGCUGAAAAGCUGACCAACUGCAUUUUAAUGCCAUCUUUUUAAAAGAAGCCGAAGCAAUAUUUGAAAAAACGAUGGUUGAUUGCUUAAAAGCGGAAGAAAACCUCGGAAAGGGAAGUGAAAACAUCAAUAAUUGUAGGUUGUUAAAUGCAGGUCGUUGUAAAAUAACCAAAUAAAAUGGAGGGCAGUAAUACAGGAUUGGCUGAUGACACAACAGCAAAACAAAUGUUGUGAGUGUCUAGGCACUAACUGUACAGUAAGUGUGUUUGGUGCACAAAGUAGCAAUCUGCAGACAGUGUUUCAAGCUGCAAUAUUUGCCAGCCUCACUGAGCUGACCCAUAUUGAUACACACAAACUCCCUUUGUUUUCUUCCUCAUGGCAUAACCUGUUUAAAGAAAUAGAGGUGCUGCCUAAGGAGUGGAAUGCAGAAAGGUGUCGAUCCGAAUCGGUGAAGCCAAAUCUGGCAGACGGGCAGGAUCCCCGGGUUGUUGUUAUGUUGUUUUGUUCACACUGUGAUAGACAGCUUUUUGUGGUGCUGAAUUGAGGAACAACUAAGGAAAGUUGUUUAUUCCUGUAGUUGACAAUGAUGUUAACAGGAUGCUCUAUCUUUUGAAACCCUUUAGCAUUUACUAUAUAAAUGACUUUAUAUAUGCUUCAUUUAGCCACUACUUUUUUUUUUCAAAUAGAUUUUGGUUAAAUUGAAGUCAAACUAAAGAAAAUGUCUCUGACUGGGAAUCUACCGCACAUUGACAUGAAGGCACUUUUAUACUGCAAUUAAAGCCAAUAAAUGGGCGUCCAUAUUCUAUAGAUUGUAUAAAAACUAUAAACGUUUUUUUUUAACUGAUGUCAAUAACUGUUAUUUUUGCUAUAAGUUAGCUUUGAGACUAAUGUAUGUCCUCAGUUGAAUGUGUUACACCCAGUUAACUGUCAUUAGAUGCAUUUGCAAUAUUACAUAAUCUACUUUUUAUCACAUGUGACUUUCUGUUUAUUGUUCAUAUAAAUGUUAUUUUUCUUCCAAGUUCUCAUAGCAUAGCAGAUGUUGUAUACAAGGAAAGAAUGUAAAGAAAAAGUUACUAAUUUCUAUUCUGAAAAUAAAUUAAAA